AUGGGAAAGAAGAAGAAUAAAAACAAGGUUAGCGGUGCAGUAAAAACCGCUGCAAAGACCGAGAAGAAAUUAGCUAAUAAAUUAAAAAAAGAACUCGCAAAUUUGGGAGAGGAAGAUAUUGCGAAGGUGAUCGCUGAAAUCGAACGCGAAGAAGCUAAGCGUUCAGCUGCUACAGAGAAAAACCUCCCUGGAGUUCCAUCACCGAGGGCAUAUGCUUCUUUAACUCCCCAUCCUAUUAAUAAUGAGUUGAUUAUGUUUGGGGGAGAAUAUCAUAAUGGACAGACUACAGUAGUCUACAAUGAGCUGUUGUUCUACAAUCCUGAGAAGAAUGUGUGGCGGCUGGUGAAGGCGCCAGGCGCUCCACCACCCAGGAGUGCCCACCAGGCCGUCGCCACGCCUGCUAAUAAAGGUGAACUUUGGGUGUUUGGUGGAGAAUUCACAAGUCCCACUGAGACACAGUUCCACCACUACAAAGAUCUAUGGUGUUUCUCAUUGGCAGAAAAAAAAUGGGAAAAGGUGGUAGCUCCGAAUGGUCCGUCCGCUCGCUCCGGCCAUCGGAUGGUGUUGCUCGGUCGCAAGCUGAUAGUGUUCGGUGGAUACUGCGAUGACGGGCGAGACUACAAAUACUUCGAUGAUCUGCACGCCUUCUGUCUGGACACUAGGACGUGGAGUAAGCUUGCUACCAGUGGUCGGGGACCUUGUGCUAGAUCGGCCUGUAUUAUGUUACCAGCGGGCAAUGAUAGUCUGAUAGUAUACGGCGGGUUCUCUCGAGUACGCGAAGGCCGUACGGAGCGUACGCACACACACACGGAGCUAUUCCGUCUGGGGGUUAAAGGGGGGGGACUAUCGUGGCGCACUCUCACCGGCGGGCCCUCGUCACCGCCCGCGCGGGCAGGACAAGCGGCCGCUUAUGCCGCUCAUAUGGGACGGGGCUAUGUGUUCGGGGGAGUCAGCGACGUAGAAGAGACCGAAGAAGACAUCCGCGGCGAGAUAAGCGACGAACUCCUCAUGCUGGACCUGGAGGCUGGAAAAUGGCACAGCGUUACCCUGAAGUCGGAACAAACCGCACAAACGGCCAGUACUCAACCCAGUGUGGCCGAUGAGAAACCGGAGGAGUCUGUCACUGUGGUAACAGACGAAGUAUUCACCAUGAAGCUUGGUGGGGCCGCUCCCCCCUCUCAGGGGGUACAAUCCUCCUCGGUGGUGACGUCACGCGCCGCCCGCCCCUCCCCCCGCAUGUCUACAAUGAUGGCGGUGCAGCGAUCCACCCUCUAUCUGUACGGGGGAGUGCUGGAGAAGGAUGAGAAACAGUUCUAUCUCAGCGAUAUGUACAGCUUGGACCUACACAAACUGAGCGAGUGGAGGACGAUCAUAGAGCAGCCCCCACUGCCGGACUGGCUCGGCUCCGACUCUGAGGACGACGACGAUUCCGGAUCCGGUUCCGGCAGCGAAUCCGACGAUAGCAACAGUGGAGACGACUAA